CGGUGGGCGGGGCUUGCCCUGCGUGGUGACGCAGGCAAUCAUGGCGCCGCGGCCGGCUGAGCUGUACAGGGCGCCGUUCCCGCUCUACACCGUCCGCCUGCACCCGCAGCGCCCGAUCGCCAUCACCGCCGGCGGCGGGGGUGCCGCCAAGACCGGCAUCCGCAACGGCAUGCACUUCCUGCAGCUGGAGCGGAUUGGGGGACGUCUCAGUGCCUCCCUGCUCCACUCCCAUGACACUGAGACCCGCGCCACUAUGACCAUGGCUCUGUCUGACGACUUCAUUGCCGCGGGGCAAGAUGCCAGCUGCCACAUCCUCCGCUUCAGCCUGCAGACGCCUGACACCAGUGGCAACACAGCCGGACACAAUGGCAGCGGGGAGAAGGGGUUGCGGAAGCGGAAGGGCGCCAGCACAGCGGGGCAGGCCGGUACACAGAGCCAGGCGAGUGAGGUGAAUGUGGAGAGCCUGCACAGCGUGCGCACUGACUUCAGCCCCGAUGCUCUGCAGAAGGCAGUGCGAUUUAACGCUGACGGCUCCCUGCUUGUCACCGGUGGUGCUGAUGGCUUCCUGCGCCUCUGGGAGUUCCCCAGCAUGAAGAAGACACUGGAGUUCCAGGCCCACGCCGGGGAGAUCGAGGACAUCGCCCUGGGCCCUGACAACAAAGUGGUGACGGCGGGACGUGACUUCCAGUGCUGUGUGUGGCAGCGGGACCAGCUAGUGACAGGGCUGCGCUGGAACGAGAACCUGCCCAGCAUUCCUGACAAGGCGUACCGCUACCAGGCAUGCCGGUUUGGAGCGGUGGAGGACGACGCCAGUGCGCUGCGCCUCUACACAGUGCAGGUGCCGCACAAGCGGGAACGCCGCCCACCACCAUGCUACCUCACUAAGUGGGACGGGAAGAGCUUCCUGCCGCUGCUGACGCGACCCUGCGGCACCGAGGCAAUCUCCUGCCUCUCCGUCAGCGACUCGGGCACCUUCCUGGGGCUGGGAACGGUGACAGGCUCUGUCGCCAUCCACAUUGCAUUCUCCCUGCAGAGACUGUACUACGUGCGGGAGGCACACGGCAUCGUGGUGACUGACAUGGCCUUCAUCCCCGAGAGCCAGCGCGGGCGGGAGCUGCUGGCGGGGGACGAGGCCGCCCUGCUCAGUGUGGCAGUUGACAGCCGCUGCGAGCUGCACGUGCUGCCGCGACGCCGUUCACUGCCAGUGUGGCUGCUGCUGCUGCUCUGCGCCGGGCUCAUUGUGGCUGCCAUCCUGGUGCUGCAGCUCACCUGCCCGGGGCUCCUGUAGUGCCCCAACAUCCCCGUGCUGGGAUAGGACGCCGCCCAGCACCAGAAUGGACCCACAAGUACCUGGACAGGAUCUUCCAGCACUGGAACAGGACCCUCCUAUGCCAGAAUGGAAUCCCCCAGUGCUGAGACAGACCCCCGCCCAGCACCGGGAUGGCCCCCCCUUGCGCUUGGACAGGACUCCUCAUUCCUGGAUGGAUACCCCUACACCAGGACGGAUUCCCCAGCACUGGGACAGGAGCACCCCAUACCAAGAUGCAUCUCGCACCUGGACAGGACCCUCCCCCAGCACCAGGAUGGACCUUCCGAUGCCCGUAGGGACCACUGUACACUGGGACAGAAUUCCUGCCCCCUGGCACUGGGACUGGACCCCCUUGUGCCAGGAUGGAUCACUCAGUGCCAGGGCAGGACCCCCCCGUGCUGGGAUGGACCCUCCUGGCACUCGGGGAGCAGCCAGAGGUCCUGGGAGCUGCAUGGGGGGUUGCAUCCCAGUGGCCUUGUGCUGACUGCGCCCCACUGCUGCCA